GCUGCGGGCUGGGCUGGCUGGAUAGGAGGUGCUGCUGGCCUCCUGGGUGCCCGGAUGGCCUGGGCCCCUAACCAUCUGGCCCGCGCCUUCAGACACUCAACGCGCGUAGUCAGCGUUCCGGAAACUGCCCUGGAGAUCAGCCUCAGGGCAGUUGAAGAUCAGCUAAAGAUAUGUGGCCACAAGAGGGAUGCUGAUGUCUUUGAGCUGUUCCUUUCUCAAAAGGAACUGACGGAAGUCAUUGAUCUCUCUAGGUUUAAAAAAUUAAAAUACUUAUGGCUACAUCACAAUAAGCUCCAUGGAAUAACAUUUCUAACUAGAAACUAUUGUCUGACAGAACUAUAUCUAAACAACAAUGCCAUAUUCGAGAUAGAAGGCCUGCACUCUCUACCUUCAUUGCACAUCCUCCUGCUACACCACAAUGAGCUAACGGACAUUGACGCAACAGUGAAGGAAUUAAAGGGAAUGCUCAAUCUGAAGAGCCUAAGUCUCUACCAAAACCCUUUGUGCCAAUAUAACCUGUAUCGUUUAUAUAUAAUCUACCACCUUCCAGGAGUAGAGUUGCUUGAUCGAAAUCAAGUUACAGAGAAGGAAAGAAGAUCAAUGAUCACCAUUUUUAAUCACAAAAAGGCUCAUAUUGUUCAGUCAAUAGCAUUCAGAGGAAAAGUAGAUGCCUCCUGGAAUCCUAGAUCACCGUUUAAGCAAAAACCAGCUCAGAGAAUACCUCCAGAUUUUUCAUUUGCGAAUAAUGUAGACAAAACUGUGUUUGAUGACCCAGAAGAUGCUGUAUUUGUAAGGUCCAUGAAGAGAUCAGCUAUGGCUAUUACCUCCCUCAACUGGGACACAGUUCCAACACGAGAGGAAAAAUACCUUGAUGAGAAAGGCACAGAAUCUGCUCAAAUGGUCACCAUUACACUGAGAUAAACCCUGGUAUCUGUAGAAAGCCUAGUGGUUUCCAGUUCUUCAUUAAACUUCUCUGUGAUUAAGUAUA